UAUGCAAGUGUCGAAAGAAAAUUUUUUAGUCUUUAAGGAAAAUAACGGAUUUUCGAAAGAGUAUGAGAUAUUGAAAUGUAAAACUACGAUUGCUAAUUUGCCAUAUCAAUAAAAAAAUAUAAGUAUAGAAAAAGAAAAAGAGAACAAUGGUUUGAACUGCGGACGAACAAAUUGUCGUUCCGCGCCUAAAUUCUAUCAGCUAUAUAACUUCAGACCUUAGGUCGAAUUACUCGGUAUCACAAUUCACAAUUGCUCUUUCUCUCUGAGAGAUUUCAAACUCACAUAAUCGAGCUUUUCUCUCUCACAAAAACCACGAUUCUUUCUUCUUCUUCUUCCUAAAGUCGACGAAGCUCUUUCUCUUUCUACAAUGCCGGAAAUGUAUGCACUCAAAUCUGAAGAACAGAGUCAGCAGUUGCAACUCAUUCAAAGAGAAGAAAUCGAAGAUGAGGAGGACUUGAUUGAAGCAAUCGAUAAAUUGAUCGCUCAUGGCAUCAAUGCCGGAGAUGUUAGAAAGCUUCAAGAUGCUGGAAUUUAUACAUGUAAUGGCUUGAUGAUGCAGACAAAGAAGAGUUUGACUGGAAUUAAAGGAUUGAGUGAGGCCAAAGUUGAUAAGAUAUGUGAAGCUGCUGAAAAAAUUGUGAAUUUUGGCUACAUUACUGGAAGUGAUGCUCUGCUCAAAAGGAAGUCCGUGGUUCGCAUUACCACUGGAAGCCAGGCAUUAGAUGAGCUACUAGGGGGUGGAAUAGAAACAUCAUCAAUUACUGAAACAUUUGGAGAAUUUCGCUCUGGAAAAACCCAGCUAGCACAUACUCUAUGCGUAUCAACGCAGCUUCCGAUUAACAUGAGAGGAGGAAAUGGGAAGGUUGCCUACAUCGACACUGAAGGAACUUUCCGACCUGAUCGUAUUGUGCCAAUUGCUGAAAGGUUUGGGAUGGAUGCUGCUGCAGUCCUAGACAAUAUUAUAUAUGCACGUGCAUAUACAUAUGAGCAUCAGUACAACCUCCUCCUUGGUCUGGCAGCAAAAAUGGCUGAGGAACCCUUUCGACUAUUGAUUGUAGAUUCUGUAAUAGCUCUGUUUCGAGUGGAUUUCUCUGGAAGGGGAGAGCUAGCAGAGCGACAGCAAAAAUUAGCCCAGAUGCUGUCUCGUUUGAUAAAGAUUGCUGAGGAGUACAAUGUUGCUGUCUAUCUCACUAAUCAAGUUAUUGCUGAUCCAGCUGGAGGAGUUUUUGUUACGGACCCAAAGAAACCAGCAGGUGGUCACGUACUUGCCCAUGCAUCAACAAUAAGGUUGAUGUUCAGGAAGGGAAAAGGUGAACAACGUAUCUGCAAGGUGUUCGAUGCUCCAAAUCUGCCAGAGGCUGAAGCUGUAUUUCAGAUAACACCAGGUGGAAUUGCAGAUGCAAAGGACUGAAUUAAGCUGGAAAAAAAAGUAGACCAUCUGAUACCAGAAUGAUGAAGUAAAAGUAGCCUAGUUUCAACCACUAGUUUAUUUAGCUCUGUUAUUGAAGUUCUGAAUAAUUUUCACAUAAACACUGCUUUUUGUAAUGAGUAACUGAAACAAAUAUGUAAUAUUCAGUGGGGAUACUGAAAUACUGAAUUUACUGAUCUUUGCAUAUUCAGCGAAGGGUAAAGCAUAUCACCAACAGCAAUUCUUCUUGUUAAAGGAAAGGGGGGCAGGGAUUACUUGCUUCCGUUUGCUAGUUCAGUAGAGAAAACCCUUUCUGUGAUGUUGGUAUUCAUAUUACA